AUGAAGGUGCUUGUAUUAGCUCUUACUGUGGCCAUUGUGGCUGGCACCCAGGUGAGCUAUGCCCCAGAAUUUGCACCUGGAAAGACUUAUGAAUACAAGUAUGAAGGAUAUCUUCUGGGUGGCCUGCCUGAGGAGGGCCUGGCAAGAGCUGGGGUGAAAAUCCAAAGCAAAAUCUUGAUUGGUGCAGCAAAUCCUGACAGCUACAUUCUGAAGCUUGAGGACCCUGUGAUCUCAGAGUACAGUGGCGUCUGGCCCAAGGAGGUUUUCCGCCCUGCCACAAAGCUCAGCUCAGCUCUGUCUGCUCAGCUCUUGACACCAAUCAAGUUUGAGUAUGCUAAUGGUGUCAUCGGUAAACUAUACGCACCUGCAGGCAUCUCUACAAGUGUGCUGAAUAUCUUCAGGGGAAUCCUCAACAUUUUUCAGAUGAACAUCAAAAAGACUCAGAAUGUAUAUGACCUGCAAGAGACUGGAGUGAAAGGUGUGUGUAAAACACACUAUGUCCUCAGUGAGGAUUCCAAGGCUGACCGUCUCCACUUGACGAAAACCACUGACCUGAAUCACUGCACAGAGAGAAUCUACAAGGAUGUUGGCAUUGCUGGUUUUGCAGAGAAAUGUUCAGAAUGUGUGAAUCGGGGCAAGGUGUUUUCAGGGGCAAUUUCUUCCAACUACAUCAUGAAGCAUUCAGCUUCUGGUUCCUUGAUCUUAGAGGCAACCGCUACUGAACUCCUCCAGUACUCACCUCUCAACAUAGUGAAUGGAGCUGUUCAGAUGGAGUCUAAGCAGACCUUGACCUUCAUUGACAUUAAGAAGACAUCAUUGGAGCCUGUCCAAGCUGAUUAUAUUCCCUGUGGAUCAUUAAAAUAUGAGAUCGGCACUGAACUCCUCCAGACACCAAUUCAGCUUCUGAGAAUCACCAAUGCUGAGGCUCAGAUUGUUGAGACUCUGAACAACCUAGUUAGCCUCAAUAUGGGCCUGGCUCAUGAAGAUUCCCCCCUGAAGUUCAUUGAGCUCAUCCAGCUGCUGCGUGUGGCCAGAUACGAGAGCAUUGAAGCUCUCUGGAGUCAAUUUAAAUCCAAGAGUGAUCAUAGACAUUGGAUGCUGAGCUCUAUCCCUGCCAUUGGUUCUCAUGUUGCUCUUAAAUUUAUCAAGGACAAGGUUGUGGCUGGUGAACUGACCGCUGCUGAAGCUGCUCAGGCCAUCAUGUCUGCCACACACUUGGUGGCAGCCGACCCAGAAUCCAUCAAGCUUCUGGAGGGUUUGGCCAUGACCCCUAGGAUUCAAGAAAAUGCUGCUUUGCGUGAGAUUACCUGGCUGGGCUAUGGCACAAUGGUUCAGAAAUACUGUGUUGAGAAACCUUCCUGUCCAUCUGAGCUCGUCAGGCCUCUCCAUGAGCUCAUUGCCAGUGCUCUUGAAAAGCGAGACAAUAAUGAGCUCUCCCUGGCUCUCAAAGUUCUGGGUAAUGCAGGACAUCCCAGUAGUCUGAAGCCAAUCAUGAAACUGCUGCCUGGCUUCGGUAGCGCUGCCUCCAAUCUUGAGCAUAGGGUUCAUGUUGAUGCUGCUCUGGCACUGAGAAAAAUUGCCAAGAGAGAACCCAAGCUGAUUCAGGAUAUGGCUGUUCAGCUCUUCAUGGACAGGACUCUGGACCCAGAACUCCGCAUGAUUGCUGUCAUUGUUCUGUUUGAUACCAAACUACCCCUGGGUCUGGUAACCACUCUCUCUCAGAGCCUCCAGAAAGAACCAAACCUGCAGGUUGCUAGCUUCGUCUACUCUUACAUGAAGGCCUUUACCAAGACCACCACCCCUGACCAUUCCGCUGUAGCUGCUGCCUGCAAUGUUGCCAUUAGGAUUCUUAGCCCCAAAUUCGAAAGACUGAGCUAUCGCUAUAGUCGAGCUUUCCAUUAUGACUCUUAUUACAAUCCUUGGAUGCUUGGAGCUGCUGCUAGUGCAUUUUACAUCAACGAUGCCGCAACUGUCUUGCCAAGAAACGUUAUGGCUAAAGCUCGCCUUUACCUGUCUGGGGCAUCUAUUGAUGUUCUGGAGUUUGGAGCCAGAUCUGAGGGAGUACAGGAGGCCCUUUUGAAAGUCCGUGAUGUUCCCGAGAGUGCAAGUAGGAUCACUAAGAUGAAGCAAGCUCUCAAAGCUCUAACUGAGUGGAGGGCCAAUCCUUCCCGCCAACCUCUCGGCUCUCUGUACGUGAAAGUUCUUGGGCAGGAAGUCGCAUUUGCAAACAUUGACAAAGAAAUGAUUGAAAAAAUGAUUGAGUUUGCCACUGGACCUGAAAUCCGUACAUAUGGGAAAAAAGCUUUGGAUGCUCUGUUGUCUGGUUACUCCCUGAAAUACUCAAAACCCAUGAUGGCCAUUGAGGUUCGUCGCAUCUUCCCCAGCUCUCUUGGUUUGCCCAUGGAGCUUAGUCUCUACACUGCUGCUGUGGCGGCUGCUUCUGUUGAAGUACAAGCCACAAUUUCACCACCACUUCCUGAAGAUUUCCAUCCCAUCCACCUGCUGAAGUCAGAUAUUUCCAUGAAGGCUUCAGUCGCUCCAAGUCUUUCUUUGCAUACUUAUGGCGUUAUGGGAGUGAAUAGUCCUUUCAUUCAGGCUACUGUAAUGUCAAGAGGCAAAGUCCACACAGUGAUUCCCAAAAAGAUGGAGGCAAGAUUUGACAUGAUCAAGGGCUAUUAUAAAUACCAGUUCCUGCCUGUUGAGGGGGUUAAAACAAUUGCUUCUGCUCGUCUUGAAACAGUAGCAAUCACAAGAAAUGUAGAAGACCUUGCAGCUGCCAAAAUCACACCAUUGGUUCCAUUUGAGCUUCACACAAGCAAGAACACCACCAUAAAUCUUUCACAAUUCUCCAGCAAUCUGAAUGAGAGCUCAUCAUCUUCCUCUGAACUUCUUCCUCCCCAGCUGUCAAGUCAAAGUAUAAGUCAAAUGAAAAUCCCCAGAGCUAUUGUGAAGAAAAUGUGUGCUACAACGUACACAUAUGGAAUUGAAGCAUGCGUUGAUAUUAGGUCUCGCAAUGCCACCUUCCUCAGAAACACCCCCAUCUAUGCCAUAGUUGGAAACCACUCUCUUUUGGUUAAUGUCACCCCAGCUGCUGGGCCAUCUAUUGAAAGGAUUGAAAUCGAGGUUCAGUUUGGUGAAAAAGCAGCCGAAAAGAUAAUUAAAGCGGUUAAUCUGAGUGAGGAGGAGGAGGAAACACUUGAAGACAAAAAAUUCCUGAUGAAGCUAAAGAAGAUUCUGGUUCCUGGUCUGAAGAACAGCACAAAAUCUUCAUCCUCUAGUUCCAGCAGCUCUCGUUCCAGCAGCUCUCGCUCCAGCAGCUCUCGCUCCAGCAGCUCUCGUUCCAGCAGCUCCUCCUCAAGAUCUUCCAAGACCUCUUCCAGCUCUUCCUCUUCACGCCGCAAAAGCAAGAUGUUGGAUCUUGCUGAUCCCCUCAACAAAACAGCAAAAAGGUCCUCAAGCAGCUCUUCUAGCCAACGUUUAAGUCAGCGCUCUAGUAGUUCCUCAAGCAGCCACUCGUCUCUCCGAUCCAGCAUUUCCUCUUCCAGCUCCAGCUCCUCCAGCUCCAGCUCCAUGUCCAGGCGGGAACUAUUUCAAAUGAACUUCACCAAGGAUCACAUUCACCAGCAUUCCAUCUCAGCUGAGCGUCUCAACAGCAGGAGCAGUGCCAGCAGCUUUGAAUCCAUCUACAACAAGGCCAGAUACCUGUCGAACAGUGUCGGGCCAGCAGUCACAGUCCUUGUCCGUGCCAUCAGAGCUGACAAUAAGAACCAGGGAUAUCAGAUCGCUGCUUACUUUGACAGACCUACAGCCAGAGUGCAGCUCAUUGUGGCCAACCUAACUGAAAAUGACAACUGGAGAAUCUGUGCUGACAGUGUGAUGCUCAGCCACCACAAAGUGAUGACUCGAGUAACUUGGGGAAUUGAAUGCAAGCAGUACAACACCACUAUCACAGCUGAAACUGGCCGUGUUGAGAAGGAGCCUGCAGUCCGUUUGAAGCUGGCCUGGGUCAGACUCCCUAGCUACUGGAAGAAAUAUGCAGGAAGAGUUUCUACUUACCUUUCCCGAGUUGCUGUGGAAAAUGGAGUGAACAGGACCAAGGUCUCCAAUGACCCCAAAGAGAUCAAACUGACAGUUGCCGUUGCCAAUGAGACUAGUCUGAAUGUUACGCUGAAGACCCCAAAGAACACCUUUUACAAACUGGGAUGGAGUCUCCCCUUUUACCUGCCAAUCAAUAACACUGCUGCUGAGCUGCAGGCAUACCAGGGCAACUGGAUGGAUCAAGUCACCUACGUGCUCACCAAGUCUAAUGCAGCUCAGUGCACCGUUGUUAAUGACACAGUGGUCACCUUCAACAACAGGAAGUAUAAGACGGAGAUGCCCCACUCUUGCCAUCAGGUGCUGGCUCAAGAUUGCACAUCUGAAAUCAAAUUCAUAGUUCUGCUGAAGAGGGAUCAAACCACAGAACGUAACGAGAUCAGUGUCAAGAUUGAAAACAUUGAUGUUGACAUGCAUCCCGAGAACAACACAAUUGUGGUGAAGGUUAACGGAGUAGAAAUCCCUCUCAACAAACUGCCAUAUCAGCAUCCAACUGGCAGCAUACAGAUCAGAGUGAGAGAAGAGGGCGUCUCUCUGCAUGCUCCCAAUCAUGGUCUUCAGGAAGUCUUCCUUAGCUUGAAUAAAGUGCAGGUUAAAGUUGUGGACUGGAUGAGAGGCCAAACCUGUGGACUCUGUGGAAAGGCUGACGGUGAAGUCAGGCAGGAGUACAGCACUCCGAAUGAACGGGUUUCCAGGAAUGCAACCAGCUUUGCUCAUUCCUGGGUUCUGCCUGCAAAGAGCUGCCGUGACACUUCUGAGUGUUACAUGCAGCUUGAAUCAGUGAAGCUGGAGAAACAGGUCAGACUGGAAGGUGAGGAAUCAAAAUGCUACUCUGUUGAACCUGUCCUCCGCUGUCUACCAGGCUGCAUGCCAGUGAGAACCGCCCCAGUUACUGUCGGCUACCACUGCGUCCCUCUGGAUUCAAACCUGAAUCGUUCCGAUGGCCUCAACAGCAUCUACGAGAAGAGCAUUGAUGUGAGUGAGACAGCAGAGUCUCACCUGGCCUGUCGCUGCACUCCUCAGUGUGCCUGAUUGUGCUGCCUUCUGACAUUCCUUCUGUUUUUUGUGUUAUGAAUGCUUGUAAACUAAAUUAAAAAAGCAAUAAAAUGA